GAGACGAGACACCAGCUCAGGGUGAAGAUAGAGUCAGUCCAAUAGUUCGAGAUGUGUUCGCUGCACGAAGUUUGACAGCAUGAAACAAAAUUGUUUCCUUCGCCGUUUACCAGAAUCCUGUGAUGUAGCGUGUCCUGUCUUGAGUGGCUAUGGAGGGGCUUAGCAGGCUAAGCUAGAAAACACCAACUUUUGCUGAUCGAAGUGUUUUGACAGCUUCAUAAAAAAAGCUUGUCUCGAUUUUCCUUUUGUGACUGUCCACUAUGAGCUCGUCAGAUGAAUCUGGGGAUCAUUCCCCGGAAGAAGAGCAUCAUCUUCCACGGUGGACAACAACAAGCAUGACUCGGCUAUAUGCACGGGAAACAACAGCAGCAGCAGCAGCAGCAGCGAAAUCAAGAGCCGUGCUGUGGUCAAGUACUGCGCCGCCCCGCCUCCCAGCACGUAUGCCCUGCUGCAGGAGAAGACCGACCUCAAGCUGCCCCCCGCCAACUGGCUGCGAGAGAACCCUCAGCUGGGCACUGCUGGCACCACCGUGUUGGGCUCCAGCGGCAAGGCCAAGCUGUUUUCAAGUUUUGGAAUGGCGUAUGACUUUAUCGACUGCAUCGGGGAUGAUGUGGACGUCGUAUCAGAUUCAGAGAACAUCAAGAAGCUGUUGAAGAUCCCCUACAGUAAGUCACACGUCAGCAUGGCCGUCCACCGUGUGGGUCGCACCCUCCUUUUGGACGAGCUGGACAUCCAAGAGCUCUUCAUGAGAUCCUCACAGACGGGAGAUUGGACGUGGUUGAAAGACUUUUACCAGCGGCUUAUGGAUCAAAAGUGGCAGAGAAAAAAGAAGAGCAAAGAGCAUUGGUAUCAGAAAGCCAUCCUGUCAAAGUUCCUCUAUUACAGUAUCAAUGGCGACGGCGCCGCCGAACCGGUCGCGGACAACUUGAACGACGACGAAGAGUGCGGGGCGCGGGAGUUUGGCUCGUCGUGGCCCACAGCCUUCACCGGUUCUGAUGCGGAAGAGACGGCUGCUUGUAAACAGGAACACGUCCCCAUGGACAGCAAAUUCGCUCUUGGCCAGGUGACGUUGGCGGCGGCGCAAGAGCAAAACCUCCCAGCGCUGUUUAACGAAGGCGAAAACAGUCAGGGUUUAAGGAACGACUUUGUGCGAAACAUCAUGUGGACCUUUGAGGACAUUCACAUGCUGGUUGGCUCCAACAUGCCCAUUUUUGGAGGGGGCCGCUAUCCGGCUGUCAGCCUCAAACUUAGGGACAACAAUAAACCCAUCAAUAUCCUGACGGGCAUCGACUAUUGGCUGGACAAUCUGAUGUGUAACGUCCCCGAAUUAGUCAUGUGCUUUCACGUCAACGGCAUCGUUCAGAAAUACGAGAUGAUCAAAACAGAGGACAUCCCCCAUCUGGAGAACUCGACUUUUUCCACCAGGGUGGUGAAAGACAUCGCUCAGAACAUUCUUUCUUUCCUCAAGUCCAACUGCACCAAAGAGGGCCACACCUAUUGGCUUUUCAAAGCUAGCGGGAGUGACAUCGUCAAGCUUUACGAUCUUACGACGCUGUGUGAAGAGGCCGAAGAAGAGAAGAGCCACAAUCCCUUCACGCUUCCCGUGGCUGUGCUGCUUUACAAAGUGGCAUGCAACCUGAUGCUCAACGCCCGAGAAAACAGAAAGCACUACGGCACAAUCCGAACUCUGCUUUUAAACUGCGUCAAACUUCUGGACCAAGACAAACAUCCUCAAAUCAUCGCCUCGGCCCACUACAUGCUGUCAGAGCUUUUCCAGCUGGACGAGCCUCAAGAGGAGGACGAGGACGGGGGCGAGUCUUUCCGGGCCUGCGGCUCAGAGGACAGCUACAGUAACGAUGACCGCGAAGAGGACGACGAGGACCUGGGGGAUGACAGCGAUGACAGUAGCGAGGAGAGGAACAGCCGCGCGCAGGCCGACAGCAAAGCCGUGGCUGUCAUCCGAUCUGUUGGAGAGCUGUCUGUCCCGGAGAAAUACAAAUCCACUCAGCUCAUCCGACCAGGUUGCACUUUCCCCAUCUCGCACGACAAAGAGGAGCGAUGCAGACAUGUCCUCAACUAUGUAUUGAAGGGCCUGAAGGCAGUCGAUAGUAGCAUCAAGAUGGAGAGCGACCUCCCAGCCGUGGACCCCAACACACCCAUCCCUCUCAAGUACGAAGACGGAAACGCCGCUCGAAGCCGCUCCGUCGAGAAAGGCAUCUCUCCUCUCCUGGAAAGAGUGGUGCCGUCGCUGGCGGAGCAAAAGCAUCCGACGCGCUCGGGCAUGAUUCCCGGCUCGUGGCAGCACCAGAUGAAGCUGCAGCUCUUCCUCAAAGCCUCCAAGGCGUACUACGUGCUGUCGGACGCCGCUACCAACCUGCUGAAAUACGGCCGCGCUCUGCGCUACAUUAAGCUAGCUCUGCAAAGCUACGAUGCCUACUGCUCCAUUGGUGGCGCGCUCCACCCGCAAGUGCUGCUAUUCCACAGCCACUGCCUCUCGCUAUGCGGGGACAUCCAGCUCAUGUUGGCCCAGAAUUCCAACAACAGAGCCGCGUACCAGGAGGAGUACAGCUACCAGACCAAAGAGGACCAGGAGCUCUUACACAGCCUGAAUAGAGAGAGCAGCUGCCAAGCGUUCAACAUGGCAAGCGAUCUGGCCACGGACCCAGAGUACCAGCUGUUUGUAAGCGGCAAGUGCUACGAGGCCGCCUACGAGUUGCUUCUCUCGCACGCCUUGAAGGAGGAGGCCCAGGAGCAGCUGGCUCAGGUGCUCAAGCGGCUGGGGAACAUCCGCAACGAGAUGGGCGUCUACUACAUGAACCAAGCGGCGGCCUUGCAGAGCGAGCAAGUCAAGACCUCGGUGUCUGCCGCCGAGCAGGAGCUGUGGAAAAAGAGCUUUGCCUUCUUUGAGAACGGCAUGAAGGACUUUGAGGCCAUUGGGGACAGCACCAACAAGGCGCUGCUGCUGUGCAAUACGGGCAAGUUGAUGAGAAUCUGCGCCCAGGCCCACUCGGGCAUCUCCACGGAUGACAGCAGAGGGGAGUUCUCCCCCGAAGAGGCGCUCUACUACCACAAGGCCAUAGACUACUACCUGCGUGCCAUGAAGUCGUUGUCAUGCCGACAGAACCACGAACCGGUUUGGGACAGCGUCAACUGGGAGCUGUCCACCACAUAUUUCACGCUGGCCACGCUUCUGCAGGACUAUGCGCCGCUUUCCAAGAAGGCUCCGGAACAGAUUGAGCAGGAGGUGACCGAGGCCAUGAUGAGAUCACUCAAGUACUGCGACCUGCACACAGAGUCUGCCCGCCAGCCGCUGUACCAGUACAGGGCGGCCACCAUCCACCACCGACUCGCCUCCAUGUACCACAGCUGCUUCCGCAAUCAGGUGGGGGAUGAGCGCUUGAGGAAGCACCACCGGAGCCUGGCGGAGCUCCACUACAGCAAGGCCGUCAAUUUGUUCCUCAGCCUCAAAGACGCGCCGUGCGAGUUGCUGCGAGCACUACUGGAGAGGGUGGCUUUUGCCGAGUUCACCAUGGCAGCUCUGAACAGCAGCGCGGCCAAGCAGAAGAGCCUGAAUACCGCUCUGGAGAUCAUGGUGGAGACUCGCUGUGCCUUCCAGAUCAUUCACAAAGAACUGCUUGAGGAGCAGACCGAGGCAAGCAACACAGCUCUUCCCGGAUCUUCAGGCUGCUCUGCGGCCGGACUGAACGUCCAGGAAGUGGCCAAGCUGAGCGCUCUGUUCGAGUCGCGCUUCUCCGACCUGCUCCUGCAACUCAUCAAGUGCAUGACGAAAACCAAACGCAAACCCAGCAAAAAAGACGAAGAGCUGCUGCAAAGCUACAAGAACGUUUACUCCAAGCUGCUGCGCUGCGACAAGAACACGCCGCUGCUCGACCGCGUCGGCCUCUACGCCGAACUACUGCAGCAGCUCACACCGAACGCCGACGACGCAGAUAUGUUAUCAUGACCACACUGUAGAAGGUCUUAGUAAAUAUUGGACUGAAAAGUUACUUGCCCCUUUUUUCAAGACAGGUUUGAAGUUUCUACAUGCACACAUUUAUAAGGAUUUUCAGCUUUCAGGUAAAACUCAGAUCAGAUCACGUUUUCGGGAGGUCAGCUCAAAAUACUACAAAAAUGACAUGACCAAGAUGGCUGGAUACCAUUUUUGUCUCUUAUUUCCUGUCAAAAAAGAACAUGAUGGCAUUUGAAUGAUAGCCAUUUUGGGGCAUUGGAGCCAUAAGACAAGCGUUUGCCUUUCUGCAAAACCCAGUGAGGGUGUGACAUUGCGGGCAUCCCGCAUUCAGGUAUGUACGUGCACGACGUCCGCAUGU